UUAAAGCAGAUUGUUAAGAAAUGUCACGCGAGCCGUUUGCAUUAGUUCAUUGUUACGUCACAGAGCAUCAUACGCCAGAUGUUAUUCGAAUAUUACUAGAACAAGAAGACAAUGCCCAUUAUUCCGUCACAAUCGACGGAUGUCGCUUGCUGGAAUCGCAUGAGGUUUUGGGAGAAGUUUUGCUUCUCAACUCAAACAAAAUGUUGGAAAUAUUAGACAAUGUGUUGUUAUUGUUAAUGCGUGACAUCACAAUGACUCAUUCAUUGAAGAGCCACAUGUCAAUCAAACGUAACAUCCACGCCAGGUUUGUGAAACUCCCAAGGUGUCUUGAGUUGUGCCGAGAUCGGAUCCCAAAAUCGAACGACAUCGGGAACUUCUUGGCUGUGCAGGGUACAGUGAUACGGACGAGCACCACAAAGAUAUUGGAGUGCAAGAAGGAAUAUAUGUGUUGUAAAUGUAACAAUGUAUUCACACUGGAUGCUGAGUUCCAACUACAUUACACAAUACCGACACCAACUAAGUGCCCGGUGGAUAAGGAUUGUAAUUCCAAGAAGUUUGUGUUGAUCGGAGAUGCAAGUCUCGCGUGCCCGUCGAGGUGUAUCGACUACCAAGAGGUGAAAGUUCAAGAACAAAUCCGUAAACUUUCGAUGGGCACGAUACCUCGCUCGAUCACGGUGGCGCUAGAGAACGACCUUGUUGAUUGUUGCAAGGCUGGUGAUGACGUGGUUGUGUUCGGUGCUGUGUCUUGUAGAUGGCAGGGAUUAAAUUUAAACAAACCGUGUGAGUUGGAGUUGGUGAUCAAAGCUAAUAACGUUUGUGUUUGCAACAACGAGGCAUCGGUGGGCGACGUACAGAACGAAUAUGACGAUGAAUUUCAAUGUUUCUGGGCAGCAUAUGUAGACACACCAAUGACUGCAAGGAAUAUUGUGUUGGAGUCCGUGUGUCCACAGGUUUAUGGCUUGUACGUGGUUAAACUAGCGGUGGCAUUGAUAUUAGCGGGGGGUGUCGCUCGUACAGAUGCUUCGGGGUCAAGAGUUCGUGGGGAAUGUCAUUUAUUGUUGGUGGGGGAUCCCGGGACGGGAAAAUCCCAAUUCUUAAAGUAUGCGUCGAGAAUCACGAGAAGGUCGGUGCUCACGACAGGAAUCGGGUCAAGUACGGCUGGGUUGACCGUGAGUGCUGUGCGCGAUGGUGCGCACUGGAUGUUGGAGGCGGGUGCCCUGGUGUUGGCUGAUGGAGGAAUAUGUUGCGUGGAUGAGUUUGCCGGGAUCAAGGAACACGAUAGAUCGGCGAUACAUGAAGCUAUGGAACAACAAACCAUCAGUGUGGCUAAAGCUGGCUUGGUUUGUAAGUUAAACACGAGGACAAGUAUAUUGGCCGCAACCAACCCAAAGCUUGGUAAAUAUGAUGAAUGUGUUUCAGUUGAAACCAACAUAGCGAUGGCGAGCCCAUUGUUGAGUAGGUUUGAUUUGAUUCUUGUUUUGUUGGACUCCAAGAACAUUAGUUGGGACGAUGUGGUAGCAGAUUAUCUGUUGAAUAAAACUAACGUGAAACAAACAAGAUCAAAAGUGUGGUCACUACAACAAAUGCAGGCUUACUUUACGACAAUACGUCAACUCACCCCAACUUUAACUCACGAAGCUGAUCUUGUGUUAAAGAAUUAUUACCAAGCUCAUCGUAAAUCAAACUCUCGUAAUGCUGCACGAACGACGCUUCGAUUGUUGGAAAGUUUGAUCCGUCUCGCUGAAGCUCACGCGAAGAUUAUGUUUCGAAGCCAAGUUUUGAUCCAGGACGCGGUGGCCGCGAUCACGGUGAUGGAGUCGUCCAUGCAGGGUGCGUCGCUACUGACCACCGGAAGCAUCCUACAUUCAUGUUUCCCACAAAACGCAGAGGAAGAAUAUUUAAAACAUUCAAGGUUGGUUCUUGAUAAACUUGAAUUGGGGCAUUUACUACACGCCCCCCCACCCCACAACACACACGCCGAACACUUUGCUACUUUCCCCAAUAUCUCAUGCUCAGCCAUCCCUACUAAACAUGAAAAUAACUUGAACAAAAUACUAAACUUGCCCCCCACCCCCAACAAAGUCAUCACAUCCACACAAACCAUGGACCCAAUGACACCAAAACACGACUCACCGAAUAAAUCUGAAAAUAUUUUCAACAUUCAACAAUUUAACGAGGAUGAUUUUAUUUUUACUUUUGAGGAUGAACCUAAAGUAGUUUCCACAACUAGUAACUCAACUUCACCAGCAAGAAAAGUUUCCAAACUUAGUCUUCCAUUUACUUUGGAUGAAUCUGUUGUUGAAGACAUUUACGACGAGGACGGGACAAAGUUGUUUAAAUUUUAAUCUUCAUGUUUAUAAUAUCUUUAUGCUGAUUAACUUUUCUGCUGUUAGUGCCUUUUUUACACCAAAAAGCAAUUUCAAUAUUUUUCUAUUUCAAAUUCAUCCUAAUUUUUUUUGUUUGUUUUUGUUA